AUGACGACACAACAACAAUCACCACAAACGAAUCAAGUUUCACCGGAAUAUAUUGAAAUGAUAAAUCGAAUAGAAAAAGAAUUGGAUGAUGUUUUUGAAAUGGAAGAUGGAGAACAAUUUUGUUUUCAAUUAUCUAAUGAAAUCGUUCGGAUCGGAUUGAAUAUUAUUGAAGAACGACAUUUUGAAAGGGAAAGUGUUUAUUACACGGUAGACGAUUGUAUGGAAAAGAUGUUUGCAAUUCUUGAUUAUACAUUCAUUCCAAAGGAUGAAGGAGAUGGAGAAAUGGCUUUGAAUCAUUUGCAAGAAGGUUCUUCUCCUCUUGAACCAAGUGCUGAGCCUUUGAGAAUACCCAAUGAUUCUUGUGCAAGAGGAAGUGUUCCAAUGAGACGUAAGCCUCAACCACCACCACCUCCACCUUUGUCUCGAGCAAACAGUGGAAGACUAUCAAAAACAUCCAUUCGUUCCUUUGGUCAGAGUACUAGUCGACUUGCUGUUCUGAAUAACAACAACAACAACAACAAUAACAAUGGAAUGAAUGCACCCAAAGAUGCAAUCAAUACAAGUACGAGUACUGUCAAAUCCACAACCAUUCGGAGUAGUAUCGCCUCAAGCAUUUUGACAACUGCCGCCAACAAACACACGACAAAUAGACCAACGAAUAGUAUUGGUGCAACAGGUGUGGUGCGAUAG